CCGCUCCGUUUUUCCAAAGCGAAACCAUUUGGGAAAACGGAGCGGGGGGAGGAGGAAAGAAGGGAGGAUUUUUGUUUCUCUCUCUCCCCCCCCCCCCGCUUUUCCCGGGAUGGAGGAGGCGGCGGGGAAGGGGAAUCCGGAGCGGAGCAGCUGAGUGGCGGGGCAGGAGAAAGGAAGAUCGGACUUGGCGCGGGGGGGCAGCCCGAUGGCCUUACAAGGAGGAGGAGGAGGAGGAAGGCUGGGCGGCAGCCAGGCGGGAGAGGGUCCCCAAGGAACCGCAGGGCUCAGAGGCUGAGCGCUUCCUCCGUUUUGGGCUCCCGGGCGGUCUGCAGCCGCCUGCAACGGCUUCGACCCCGGCUGGCUCAAGCCCCGAGAGGAGGAGGAGGAGGAGGAUCCCGGAGAGACUACCCGCUCAGCUCUCCUCGGGGAGGCAGUUGCAGGGCCAGCUGAUGAAGAUGGCCACGGUACCUCCUGAAGUUGAAGAUCUUUUUGGUCUCUCUCUGGAUCAGCUGUUGGGUUUCUCAGAGGAGGAUCCAAAUCGGGUAUUGUUGCCAGGGAACCCAAGGCUGUUGAUGGAAACCACUGAAACAUCUCCGUGGGGUGGAGCUGCAACAGCUCAGGGCUUGGUGUCCUUUGAGGAGGUGGCUGUGUAUUUCACGGAGGACGAGUGGGAGCUCCUGGAUCCCAGCCAGAGAGCUUUAUAUGGAGAAGUCAUGUUGGAGAAUUCUAGGAAUGUGGCUGCUCUGGCUUAUGGGCAAGAACAUGAGAAUAACAAGAAGCUCAGCAUGGUGGUAUUCCAAAUGAUAAAAUCUGAAGAAGACGUGAUUGAAAAUCAAGGACCAUCACAAAGGAGUAGAAAAAGUGGCAUAACGAAUGAAGGAAAGCAAUUUUCUCCUACUGGUCACAAUGAAAUCCGGGACCUCCCAAUUCAGCAAAUUCCCCAACGAGAAGAGGGAACAUAUCUUAGAUGUGCCAAAAGAGACAGAGAAAAAUCUGAUUUCAGUAAAUAUUACCCAGUGCAGAAUAAAAAGGAUGAAUAUGAAAAGAAUGGGCAAAGUAUCAGUCCUAUCCCCUCUCUUGCUUUAUAUAACCCAUCAUACACCAAAGAGACACCAUAUACAUUUAUAAAUUGUGGGGGAAUUUUCAAUUUGAACAGUCAUCUUAUUUCCCAUAAAAAUGAGGAACCACAUGAGAGUGGAAAAGAAUUUAAUCGGAAACAAUUGCAUGUUUUACCCCAAAAAAAUCCCUCAAGAGAGAAACCCUAUAAGUGUCCACAGUGUGAAAAGACUUUCACCCAGAAAGGUAAACUUACCAUACAUGAAAGAAUCCACACGGGGGAGAAAACCUACAAAUGUCUGGAGUGUGAAAAGAUUUUCACCGAGAGACGUAAGCUUAUCAUACAUGAAAGGAUCCACACGGGGGAGAAACCAUAUAUAUGCCUGGUGUGCGGACGAAAAUUCAAUCAGAGCAGCCAACUUAACAGACAUCAGCGAACCCACACAGGGGAGAAGCCGUAUAUGUGCCUGCAGUGUGGAAAGAAAUUCAGUGGCAGUUCAAACCUUACGAUACAUUUAAGGAGACACACGGAGGAGAAACCGUAUAUAUGUUUGGAGUGUGGGAAAAGCUUUCGCGACAACAGCGUCCUUGUUUGCCAUAAAAGGAUCCACACUGGAGAAAAACCGUACAAAUGCGCGGAGUGUGGAAAGAACUUCAGUCAAAACAGUAGCCUCUUGCGCCAUAAAAGAAUUCACACAGGAGAGAAACCGUAUCAAUGCCUGGAGUGCGGAAAGAGCUUCCGUCAGAAAAGCAGCCUUUUGCAACAUAGAAGAAUGCACACAGGGGAGAAACCCUAUACGUGCCUGGAAUGUGGGAAGAGCUUCAAUCAGAACAGUCAUUUUAUUUGCCAUAAAAGAGUUCACACGGGAGAAAAACCAUACAAAUGCAUGGAGUGUGGAAAAGAUUUCAGCCAGAACAGUAGCCUUUUGCAACAUAAAAGAAUUCACACUGGAGAGAAUCCAUACAAAUGCGCCGAGUGUGGAAAAAGCUUCAGUAAAAACUAUAAACUCUUGCAGCACAAAAGAAUUCACACGGGGGAGAAACCGUACAAGUGCAAAGAAUGUGGGAAGAGCUUCAGCUGCAGCAGUUAUUUUAUCUGUCAUAAAAGGAUUCACACGGGAGAAAAACCAUAUAAAUGUCUGGAGUGCGGAAAGGGUUUUAAUAAAAGCAGCCGUCUAACAUCUCAUAAAAGAAAGCACACGGGAGAGAAGCCAUAUCAAUGCACAGAGUGCGGAAAGAGAUUUUCUUAUAAUUUUGUCCUCCGAUACCAUCAACGAACGCAUACUGGGGAAAAACCAUAUACCUGCCUGAUUUGUGAAAAGAAGUUCAGCGGACGUUCAAACCUUAGAAUCCAUAUAAGAAUCCACACGGGAGAGAAACCACAUAAGUGUACAGAAUGCGGAAAGAGCUUCCGUAAGGACAGUAACUUUAUUUGCCAUAAAAGGAUCCACACGGGAGAAAAACCGUACAAAUGCACAGAGUGCAAAAAGAGCUUCACUCAGAACGCGAACCUUAUCAAACACAAAAGAAUUCACACGGGAGAGAAACCCUACAAAUGCGCGGUUUGUGAAAAAAGCUUCAGCCAGAAAAAUCACCUUUCUCAACAUGAACAGACCCACAAAAGAAAAAAAUCAUAAUUCGGGAGCUUUGGUUCCAAGUGGUUUUUUUUUUUUCCUUUCAAAAAGAACCUUGUGGGAGGAAUAGAAAUAUGUGUACUGUAGAGCAAUGUUCGGUUAGAGAGUAGCCUUAUCAGACCUAAAGGAAUCCAUGUGGGAGAACCAGGAAAAUACCUGAAGCGUGGGAAAAGAUGCAAAAGAGGCACUGCCCUCGAUUCCCAUAAGAGGUGUUUUGUUUUUGUGAGAAUUGCUGGAACUGCAGAGAGAUUUUCAAUACCAGCUCCGGCUUCAGUGGUGGAUUGCUAUUGGUUCGCUCUGGAUUGGGCAAACCUGUAGUGGCGGGAGGCUCCGCCCACCUGCCUGGACACUUCUGCACAUGCACAGAAGCAUCGCAAGCACGCACAUGCCCACAAGAGAACCGGUAGUGAUGGGUUUUGAAACCCGCUCCUGUCUGGCUUCUGUUUUUAAGAGAAAUUACAGGCGCAAACUCACAUAAAGAUAAAUAUGUGCAUUUAAAGUAAGCUACAUGGAGUUUAAAUGUGCGGUGUGUAGAAGGAGGUGAUUCAUUUAAGAGAAAACAAGGAUAUGGCCAAGAAUUUUUUUUUACAAAGAUCUACAAUGGUAGAUUCCAAAGUGGUUCCAUUCGAGAGAGAAACGAAACGGACACAGAAAGGCUGAAAUUUCUUCAAGGUGACCCUGAGGAAAGGCAGCUUCCUUUCCAAUACUUGAAAAUGAAUCGGAAUCAUUGCCAACAUUUCUUUUUCCCAGAUGUCUUUGCCUGUUAUAAAGAAGGUGGCUGCCUCGGGGUUCUUCAGUUCUGAGCCUGCACCACUGAUGUUCCAGGUGAUCCAAGUUCUGGUGGUCCAGAUUACCUUCCGAGAUCUGUCUGGGUUGGUAACUGCUGCUACUUGUUGAGGCUUAAAUGUAUAUUCAGAAAAAUGUUCUAUAAGAAAAAGUAUUGAUAAAGAAAAUGUGUUGAAUGGAACACCCGAAAGGAGGAGAAAAGAUUGAAAGAGCCUCCAAGAGGAAUGCUGUCAUAGAAGCAUGGAGUCAAGGGCAUGAAGUUGCAAUGGUGGUGUUGGGUUUGUUCAGGAAAUGUGAAAAGAAUGAACCUGGGAAACCUGAAACCACAAAGUGAAGAGGGACCAGGUUGAACUAAAUGAACUGAAUCAUACCAGUAAGGGCCAGUUCAAAUCCAGUGCUUAUGAGAAACACUGUUCAAAGCAUGAGAUCAUCCAAACCAAUAUGGUGGCCAUUCAGAGAGGAUCCUGCUGACUCUGUCCAUAAUUUAUUAAAUAAUGGAUUUGUCUGGCAUCACUUUUCAUCCAGUCAAAGAGAUGCCAUCAACACCUCAGAUAGGUGGCUGUUUUCCCAUUUUUCUUUGAUGUUCCCCAAUCUGGCUUUCCCCAAUCAGGGUUCCUAUGCUCCCCAACUUCUAUUAUUAAUUGAUUGAUUGAUCGAUUAAUCAUAUGUAUAUAACUUGCCAAAAGUGACUCUGGGCAGCACACAGCAAAAAAUAAAACAACUACUUUAAUACCACUUUAUAAUGCCUUGGGAAGGCCACACUUCGACUACUGCAUCCAGAUUUGGUCCUCACGAUAUAAAAAAGAUGUCUAGUCCCUAGAAAGAGUGCAGAGAAGAGCAACAAAGAUGAUUAGGGGACUGGAGGUUAAAACAUGAAGAAUGGUUUCAGGAACUGGGUAUGUCUAGUUUAAUGAAGGACUGGGGAGACACUUGUUCCGCAGGUUGAGGCAAAGAGGCAGUCCCAGAACCAGUAAAAUCUGGGGCCUGGGCAGGGGACAGAAUGUAUCUGCCCUCAGUGUGGAAGGGAUUGCCACUCUCGAAUUGGCCUUUUUAGUCACACUAGAUGCUGUUUUAGGACCUCUUUCCAGAGCACGAUACCAUAGUCUCUUGAGACUGAAGGAUGCCAAUGUGGGGAGACAUGAUUCCAAUAUCUUAGGGGUUGGCACAAAGGAGGAGUCACAUUCUUCUCCAAAGCACCUGAGGGCAGGACAAGAAGCAAGGGGUGGAAACUAAUUAAGGAGAGAAACAACCUAGAACUAAGAAAUUUCCUGACAGAACAAUUAAUCAGUGGAACAACUUGCCUCCAGAAGUUGUGAAUGCUCCAACACUGGAAGUUUUUAAGAAGAGAUUGGUCAACCAUUUGUCUGAAAUGGUAUAGGAUUUCCUGCCUAAGCAGGGAGUUGGACUAGAAGACUUCCAAGAUCCCUUCCAACUCUGUUAUUCUAUUCUGUUCUAAAGAACACCAAUAUGAAAUAUUUUAAAAAUCUAAAAAACCUACAGCAAUACAUAUCAUCAAAACAAAAUAAGUGGAGGAUGGAUAAAAAUGGCCCCCACAGCAAUGGAGCCAUAGGGACAAAUCUCUGGUUCGCUGGGAGGUCCAGGCCUUGCAGUAUAAGCAAGACUUGAGGGCCUUUCAAGAAAUGAAAUCAAGUGUUGGGGGAGGAUGUUCCACACCGUAGCAGAGAAGGCAUGUUUCUUGGGUCUCGGCAGAUGCAGGUUCCAACUGAUAGCCUUCUCUGCAAAAUCUAAUGGGCCAGCCUGAUGUAACUGAGGACACAGUCUCUCAGUGGAGUGGAGUUGUGAGCGCGCCAGCCCACCACUCACACAGCCCAGUUGCGGAUAGGCCGUGGCCCAGUAGUGGGCCACAGUUUAGUGGUUAAGACACCAGGUAAGAAAGCAGGAGACAGUUCUGCCUUAGCUAUUAAAGCCACGUAGGCAGUGAUGGGAUUCAACCCGUGUAACAACCGGUUCGCUUUGCAAACACCCAAACGAGUGAUCCGCGCGCAUACGGUACAUUUGAAAACAGCACCUUCUACUGCAGCUCCAGUGAAUAAAACAGCUGAGGUGCGGCAAUCUGCGCCGAACAGCACAACUUCGAACAAAGGAGAUAAAGGUAGGUAUAGUGUAGGGGUGAGCGAACAGGCCCAGCUGAUUGUUGGAGUGAACCAGUUUGGUCUCAGCUGAUUGUCAGAGCUACCGGUAUGCCGAACCGGCAGAAUCCCAUCCCUGCAUGUAGGUGACUUUGGGUCAGUCAUUCUCAGCCCAACCCACCUCACAGGGUUGUUGUGAGGAAAAUGGGAGGAAGGUGUGUGGGAUAUGUUCGCUGUCUUCAAUGUUUGUAAAAAUAAAGGGAUACAGAUUAAAUAAAUCGGCACAUGACAUCUUGUGUA